UGCGGGGAGGGGGUUGCAGAAGGAGCCGAGCGGCUGCUGCUCAAUGGCGGAAAAGCCGCCGGUGUUCUGACCGCCUGGUCCCCCUAGCAGUUGCGGGGGAGUUUCCUGCCGGCGCGGCUGGACUCUCUGCUUCUCAGGGUUCGGUGGCUGGAAGAUGCUCCAGAGAGACGAGGCUGCGGCGGAGGAGGUGGCGGCGGCCGAAUCGGCAACGGCGCUAGGGUGGAGAGAAGGCGGCAGCGGCGGCGGCGGCGGCGUGCGGGGCCCGACGGUGUAAACAGCCCCGGAGGCGGCGGAGGCGGUGGCCGAGACCCCGACGGGGAAGCGGCGGCUGAGGCAGGGUCGCGCCUCAGUCGGAAGCCUGGGUUGAGUGCAGCAGGGGUUCUCUGCGGCGGGCGAGAACGGACGCCCUAGACCUCGCUUCCCUCCCUCGCCCCAGAUUCAUUAUUAAACAUGGGUGCAUUUUUGGAUAAACCCAAAACUGAGAAACAUAACGCUCAUGGUGCUGGGAAUGGUUUACGUUAUGGCCUGAGCAGCAUGCAAGGAUGGAGAGUGGAAAUGGAAGAUGCACACACAGCUGUUGUAGGUAUUCCUCACGGCUUGGACGACUGGUCAUUUUUUGCAGUUUAUGAUGGUCACGCUGGAUCUCGAGUAGCAAAUUACUGCUCAACACAUUUAUUAGAACACAUCACUAACAAUGAAGACUUUAGGGCAGCUGGGAAAUCAGGGUCUGCUCUUGAGCCCUCAGUGGAAAAUGUCAAGAGUGGCAUCAGAACUGGCUUUUUGAAAAUUGAUGAAUACAUGCGCAACUUUUCCGACCUCAGAAAUGGAAUGGACAGAAGUGGUUCAACUGCAGUGGGGGUCCUGAUUUCACCCAAGCAUAUCUACUUUAUCAACUGUGGUGAUUCACGUGCUGUUCUGUACAGGAAUGGACAAGUCUGCUUUUCCACCCAGGAUCACAAACCUUGCAAUCCAAGGGAGAAGGAGCGAAUCCAAAAUGCAGGAGGCAGCGUAAUGAUACAGCGUGUUAAUGGUUCAUUAGCAGUGUCUCGUGCUUUGGGGGACUAUGAUUACAAGUGUGUUGAUGGCAAGGGCCCAACAGAACAACUUGUUUCUCCAGAGCCCGAGGUUUAUGAAAUUUUAAGAGCAGAAGAGGAUGAAUUUAUCAUCUUGGCUUGUGAUGGGAUCUGGGAUGUUAUGAGUAAUGAGGAGCUCUGUGAAUUUGUUAAAUCUAGGCUUGAGGUAUCUGAUGACCUGGAAAAUGUGUGCAAUUGGGUAGUGGACACUUGUUUACAUAAGGGAAGUCGAGAUAACAUGAGUAUUGUACUAGUUUGCUUUUCAAAUGCUCCCAAGGUCUCAGAUGAAGCGGUGAGAAAAGAUUCAGAGCUGGAUAAGCACUUGGAAUCACGGGUUGAAGAAAUUAUGGAGAAGUCUGGUGAGGAAGGAAUGCCUGAUCUUGCCCAUGUCAUGCGCAUCUUGUCUGCAGAAAAUAUCCCAAAUUUGCCUCCUGGGGGAGGUCUUGCUGGCAAGCGCAAUGUUAUUGAAGCUGUUUAUAGUAGGCUGAAUCCACAUAGAGAAAGUGAUGGGUUUGAACCUUCAGUUGUAUACAUAGACAAUCUUUUCACAUUCUGAAUGGCAGUCUCGGGCAUGUCCAUCUGUAAACCCAACAAGGCUCUGGUGACAAGAAAGGCAGUGGCUGGCAGACCUUCCAAGCCCCUAAAAGUACAAGGACAUGAAGGUUUUUUUUUUUUUUUUUUAGCCCGAAAGAAAAAUGAACUCAACAUUGUGUAAUUGCAUUAUUUCUACUUCUAUUAACCUGUAAUCUUACAGCCCAUUAAUGGAGGCAAAGAAAACCUGUCAUUGCACCCUUCUAAAUCUCUGUCCAUGUGAUAAACACCUGUGGCUUUGGGGCAGGAUUUUGGUUUUAUUCCAAGAAUUCUCAUGGCUAGAGGCAGUCUUGAAUCUGUCAUUAUUGUUUCCCUUCACCUAAAAGUGCCAUUUAAAUGAGAAGUUCCUGGGUCUCUUAAUGUUCAUGUAAGAACAUCUUUGAUUCUGGUAUUUGUGAUGCCCCAGACCUCUUCUGAAAUGAGGUUCAGUGUUUAUAGUUAAUAUAAAGGGAAGUAAGUUUUUAACUGGCUUGUUUUACAUGAAUACAAAACUUAACCCCCUUAGAUUAGAUACUUUAUAAACUAAUUAGAUGAUGUCAAAGAUGUGUUUAAAAAUAUACGAGGUAGUGGAUAUCUUGGUCACACAAGAAACCAGCUCAGGUAUUUUCUUGUAAAUACUUUUUCCAGUGGCCAAAAAUUUUUACUUUUGGAAAACACAUCACCUAAGUAAGCUCCCCUCUGGUGCCUUUUAUUACAGUUCCAUUUAACUUACUUUUAGAUAAUCAGAGAGUAGUAAAUGACUGUAACUGCACAGUAACUAUGUACAUUCCCUUUCUGAGAGAUUGUAUUUCCACCCUGAGAUGAAAGGUGCAAGAAAGUUUGGUAAGAAAAAAGGAACCCCAGUUUGAUCCUUGAGCACAAAGGCUGCCACGUUUAAUUCUUGCUUUUCCAAAGAACUGGUCUAAAUAUUCUAGAAAGUAAUAUGGCAAAAAUUUGGAAAGACAAUAGAUAAUUUCUUUUAGGGAAAGCCAUGGAAAAGUUCCUUUCAUGUUUUGAUCUCUGGGUAAUCUCAUGAUGUAGUAUGUAGAGUAGCAGAUUUCUUUAGUGCAUUGCAUGGGUUUAUUCAAGUUUUGCAUAAUCUCUGAGAAGAGUGGUGAAAGCGGUUUAUGGCAAUCUCAGCUAUGUAGUAGUUAUUUCUAGAGCACGUUUGUAGUGUACUAAGAUAUAUCUUUAAGACAAAAUUGGAAUUGAUUAGAAUUAGGUUCAUACCAUACCACACAUUUCCAGGUAGCUGGAGGUAACCUCAAUUAUAUAAAUAAAACCAUAAGUUAAAUGUACCUGGAAGAUUGGCUGUGUAAAAGGAAUUCCUUUCUAAUGACCCAUGUUUGUAUUGUAUGUAUGUUUUUUUUAGGGCUUUUUGCUUUUUCAGGGUGGACCAUGCAUGAAAAUAGCAGGUAAGACAGAGUAGCCCCUAUUACAGUAUAAAUGUGUACUAUCCUAUACUAGUGAAGUUUCUUUCACCAAGAAAAAAUUUAUACAAUGCUGAUAUAUAAGAGGGGGGAAGUGGACAGAAUAAAUUACAUUUUCUAGACUGAUUUCCCAUCAAAAAGCAACACACACAUUUCACUUGUAUCUCAGUAAAACAAGGGGGGGAGACACACACACACACACACACACACACACACACACACACACAUUUGUCCAUUUGGGAUAAAAAGUGGCCAAGAAAGCAAAUUCUGAAUGAUUUGUAGUUUUAUAGUCUCAAAAGUUAUAGUAGUUCUGAAGGAUUGUCAUUUGUGUGUUCUUGAAAAACAGAGUAACAGAUUUUGUACCUGGUCAGAUCUUUAAGUGUACAUUUAUAGGAUCUCAAAGUUGGAAAAACCACUUAGCAGUGUCUGGCCUGACCCUCCAGGACCAGAAUCUAUUUUGUCUUGGGCUCUAGUGGGCUCACUGGUCCUUUGUUUCUCCCCUUCAUUUGUCUUAUUAGCUCUUGAGACCAAACAUUUAACAGCAGCUACUGUGACUCCUAGCAUCUACUCUGUUCUGUCGCCGGGUCACUCAUCAGAUGGCACGGCUUCAAUUGUCUUUAUCGUCUAAGACCCUUUCCUGCAACUACUCUGGUUUUCUACGUCUUUCUGAAAGCACCCAACCCAGAGCUGAACAUUCAUAAGUAGCAGAGCUCUCCUGCCCUUUGUGCUAGUUAAUACUCUUCAUCCGUGUAGCACCCAGGGGCUGGACUAGCUUUGCUGACACCCACACAGUCCUGUGUGAGUCUUCAGAAGUUAACGAUUUUUACUGCUGUUAAGCGUUUUUUCCCCUAUCCCGCACUUGUACGGUUGGUGUUUUGUUUAAUCUGUGUUCAUUCUUAGUAAGUUUUCUUGUGUUAGAUUCAUGAACCUUUUGAGAAUUUUUUGGGUUCAUGUAGGAUCUCUUAGCUAUCUUGUCCUUUCCGAUCACUCCUAAGUUUCAUAUGUAAACCUUGUAUAUUGAAUGAAACAAGUCUCUCACAGGCCUUAGAAACUUCUUUUCGGUAGGAUCUAAGUUAAACAAUGUAUUAACCAACCUGUUAGGUAAGGAUGUCACGAUUUACUGAUCAGCCCAUAUCUCUCCCAGGUUAUAAAGGAUAUUGUGGGAUCUUACGUUCCUUGUGGACGUCCUGCAUUUCCCAAAACGUUAGUCAAGUAACUGCCCCCCACCAGUUCGUGAGGUCACACCUGUAGAUUCAUAGUGGAUGAUGUUCUUUUUCCUGAAGAAUUAGAAAACACUAGAAGGAUCUAGUCUGGGACCUUUCCUGGGACCGAUAUCAAGUUGCCAUCAUUUUUCACCUUUCCCCCCCAGAUUGGAAUGACCUUUACCCUUUCUGGUAUUGUGGCUGCUACCCUACUCCACACUUCUCUGUAACUUAAACAAUGGGCCACCCAGAAAUAUUCUUAGGUUUUCAGUAUCGUUUUCUUGUUUUCCAUCAGCAUAAAAUAGGAAAUAAAGUUCUUGUCGGCCCUAUCUUUUGUGUAUAACUCUGCUAAUUCAAGUUUUUACUUUGACUCCUUUCCUGUACAUACAUGCAAAUUUCUGGUGGUGUUUUUGCUUAUGGUGUUUUUUAAACAUCAUUUAUGCAUUUUUUGAAAUUCUGAACGUGUUAAUAUUUCUGUGAACACCGGUGGUUUCUUGUUUUUGUUUAUUUCGUUGUUACCGCACUCUUUUUAGGUACAUGUCCAUUUUCAUCCUGUAUGUAUGUCUUAAAAAAAUAUUUUAAGGGGCGCCUGGGUGGCUCAGUCGGUUAAGCGUCCGACUUCAGCUCAGGUCACGAUCUCACGGUCCGUGAGUUCGAG